AUGGUUGUACUUUCAGCAUAAGAUAAUUGCAUGCUAGCUUAAUUAUUCAAAGCAUCUGCAUCUUUUCUUGCAGAUUAAUAUAAUAAUGAUAAAAAUUCAUCAAGAUCUCCUGUGAAAAAUAGCCAAGGAAAGUCAUCUUUACUAGACCAAUGCAACAUAAUGGCUCAGAAUUAGCAAUUAAAGGCCUAGGCAAAAGCUUCAAAAUAAAUGCAGCCCAAAAUAUCUUCAAAUUACUCAAUAUAAAAUCUGCAUCAUUAGCCAUAGAAUCAAAAUUCUUAAAUUAGCAAAGCAAAUUAAAGCCUAAAUAGAAUUACUUCAUAAAAAGCAAAUUUAGAAAAGACAACUUCAACCAAAGCUUUGAAUCAUCACAUUGGUCAAAAGAAAAGUCUAAAUAAAACCUUUUAAAACAAUAAUGAGAACUUAUAUAACCAUCACACAUAAAGCAUGAAACAUCUACAAGAAAAUUUAAAUUCAACUCAAGUUAGAUAGGAGAGUAAAGGGAUCAAGUUUUAAGAGGAAAGUAUGAGAAAUAUCACCCUUGGGACAAAUAAAUCUAAUAAAUAACUACUCUAAAGUGUUGAAAAUCUAUAAUUUAUGGAUUUAAAUACAUCUGCAAUUUAGAUGCAUAAUGAUAAUUAAUAAUCAAAGCAGGGAAAUAUGGAAAACUCUUAUGCCCUAAGAUAAAGCAAUUCAUCUUUGGAUAUUUUAAGGCAAUCUUAAUCUAGUUCAAUAGCAAUGAAAUUCAUAGAAAGAGCUCUAGAAAGAGAAAGAAGUAAGGGAGUUCCUAGCUAUAGUAAGGAAAAUGCAAAUGAUUAUGUUCCUAGAAAAUAAGAAAAUGAAACAUUAUCGAAGCAAAGCUAAAAAAUUCAAGAGUUGUCAAUUGUAAAUGAGAAACUUAAGUAAAUGAAGGAUAAAAUAAGGUAAGAGAAGAAAUAAGAGAUACUUAUGAAGCUUAAUCCAUCUGUUUAUUUGGAUCAAUAACUAAGCAAUCUUAGUUAAUCUUUUGAACAAAUUAAUAAACAAAUGAAAGAUUAGAUUAUCAAGCAAAUUAUUCAUGAGGAUGAAAAUGAGAUACUAGAUACUGAGCCCAGUCAGCCACCUCCCAGUCUAAAGAACUCAUUAUCCACUUUAGAACAUACAAACGUCUCUUUAGUAAAUGAUUAAAGCAAAAUUAAAGUUCCUCUUUCAAUCAAGAGUUAAUCUAAAAAAGUCCUAUCUACUGUCUAAUCAAGCAAAUAAUUCAAACCUCAUCCAAAUCUAAAUGUGAGUUCUGACGGUAUCCACAAACAGUAUGUAGAUAACUAAAAAAUACAGAAGGUUCCAACCAGAUCUACUAGCUAAAUGAAUCAUAUUGACAAAUAAUAAUAAGAUAAGCAAAAAGAGCAAUAGAGGGUACAAGUUGAUAAUCUAAAAUAACCUAGCAAGAGUACUACUAAGUAAGUUUAGCCAGAAAUGAAUUGCUAAAGUUUAAAUAAAAUAUAAGCGAAAGAAGAGAGGAGAAGAAAAACAUCAUCCAGGCAGUCAAGAUCUUUUACUUAAUAAGAACUUUAAUUGAUUACAUAAAACAUAGAUUAUACUAAUAGCAUCAUUGAUAUCAAUAAUAGUCUUUAAUAGCAGAUAACAAUAGAUGAGAACGAUACAAUAAAUCUAAGAAAAACUUAAGAAAAUAUACAGAUGCAAAACUUAGCUCAAAGCAUAAGUCCUAAAAAGUAAGUUUCGUUCAAGUCUCUCGAAAUUUACUAAGAUGGUUUAAAGACUAAACUCAGAACAGUCACUGAAAAAAUGAUCAGAUAUAUGAAGGAGAUUAACUUUACUACCAUAAUAGACUUUAAAAGAUAGGAUGAUAAUCCUUCAAAGUCAUGUUUCAGAGCAGCUAGAUGCCUAUGUCUUUUGAUAUCUUCAUUUUGUGAUGAUUCCUAAGUCAGCAAAGUUAGUUUCUAAGCAAAUCUUGAAGAUUUUACUGAUUGGAAAUAAAUAAAGCAAUACAUAAACAAAAAUUCACAUAAAAUAGUUUAUAGUAUAAGUACAAUAAAACUUAAAUGUGAUAGAAAGUAGUACUGUUUUGAUCAAAUAAAAAAGAUAUACAAUGAGAUAUUCUUAAUGAUGGAUGAAUAGAUAACAGCAACUUCCCCUAAGAUCAGAAACUAGCAAUACAAACCAGUGUUUUGCUUCGUAUUCUUUACAAUUAAUUACAUCUUGAUUCUAUAAAAACUUGAUGAAAUCUAGCGAGGUAAUUUAAAUUAAACUGCACCAGAGUAGAUUUAUGACACUUUUACUCCUUCUAAAAGUAUUCUAGAAGAUCAUUAAACUCAAGCUAAUAUGAAUAAAUCUUACUAGUCUUCCCAAGUAGCUACUAAAAGAAACUCUAUUGAGCCAAUUAUUCCAGAUAAGAGCAAGCUGAAUAGUACAAUUGACUAUCAUUCAAAGAGUUAAAGCAGACUCAUUACAAACAAAAAUAUCAAAUGCUCUACUGCUCAUGCUUAUGGAAAUAAAACAGCUUCUAAGUUUAGUGAGAAGCAUUCAAACUUUAGUUCAGCUAUACAGUCAAAUAGAAGCAAUAUUAACUUAAGACAAUCAAACCCUUAAAAUCAGAUAAUAAAGGCGGAAUCUAGAUAAAGUAUUCUAGAUUUUGAUGGUAUAUAGAUAAAAGUAAAUCCUAAGGAAGUCUAGAAAGUUCACUAAAAGACAAAAUAAAUAAUUGUGAAUUCUUAACAGUUAUCUUAAAAUAUCAACUCAGUAAAGGUUGAACCAAUAGUUUCAAAGAAUUAGAAAUUCAUAAGAGAGAUUACUCCAGAGAAUAUUACAUGUGACAAUACUAUUCAACAAACUGUUAGAAACAACUUUAGAUAAGAAUUGUCUUUUAGUUAGAUGAGCCAAUAAUUAGCAUAAAAAGAUACAUAAGAUUAAAAGAUACCUCAUCACGUCGUAGUCCCUCCACUCAACCUAGGCAAGCCUGCUUUCAGUUUAAAACUUAAUAGAAUAAUUCCUGAAGAUGAUAUAUAAAUUAAUCAAGCCAUGAUUAUUACUCCAAAAAUAUUAGAUCCUGCGCAGUAAAACCAAAAUGAGUUGUUGAAGCCUUCACUACAACCAUAAAUUAUGGAGAAAAGUAGUAGUCACAGCGCAAGUAUGAUGUAAAAAGGCCUUAAUCUCAAAAUGAAUGAACAAGAUAAACGCACAAUGAUUUAAUCAUUGAUUGAGAACAGAAGAAAAUCUCAAGAAAGAAAGUCUGGAGGGUAGUUAGAAGAAAAUACCUGGAAGAUUAUUAAUCAACUGUCAUAGUCUAUUAUCGUGCCAAAUUCUGCUGAUAAAUAAUGA